CAGUCGUGAAUCACCGCCGCUCCCCCCUCCUCUCUAUUCUCAAACCCAAAAUCUCUCCACCUCUCAUCCCACCUCCUUCCUCCCCUCCUGAAUUCUGUAAGAAUAAGAAUGGCAUUAGAUCUUUAUCUUCCUUCAACAAAGAGCUGCUAAGCACCUCAGAGUGGAUUCUUCCAUUCUAUGUGCGAGAUUCACCAAUCCAUCGCCUCCAGCGGCCAGCUCCGCCACGGCGCCCCCCACGCCGUCAGAGACGUCGACCCUCAGCCCGUCGCCCUUCCACGCCGUCAGAGACGUCUUCACGGCUCUUGCUCCAGGCAAAACUCUACCCAAACCUUCAAUUGCAAAAUUAUGGUUGAGGAUACAACUAACAAUGGCGAAAGUGCAAAGGAGGCGCCUCGAGGAUAACUACACGUUUCAGGAUGAUCGAAUAAGCAUGCUUCCGGAUGAUAUAUUAGUGUUAAUAUUAUCUUCCUUGGCCUUGAAAGAAGCUGCAAGGACUAGCACUCUUUGCUCCCGAUGGAGGUACUUGUGGACUCUCACACCUACAUUAGAUCUACAUGUCGAUUGGAUAGAUACAUUGAGAAAUUAUGACAUAGAUGAGUUAAGACGCAAGUAUGUUGAAUGGGUUGAUAUACUACUCACCAAACUCCCCAAGGCCUCCACCACUAAUCUUGUUAAAUUCAGAGUCUUAUUCGAUUUAUCUUCAUACUUUAGUGAUCGGAUCGAUGAUUGGCUUAGCUACGCUGUUAGUAGAAAGGUCGAGAGCAUUGAAUUGACCUUGAAGGCCAUUUUACCAAUAAAUUGUUACCAUUUCCCAUACAAACAAGGCAACUUCCCUGACAAUCUUAAGUUGCUCAAGAAGCUGAGUUUUAGUUAUGUGAAUGUGAGUUGUGAGGCCGUGGCGUUUUUGUUGGGGAACUGUCGUCUCCUUGAGAAACUGUCCCUAUGUGGAAUCCCGUUUUCGUCUCUGGAGGUUAUUCAGACCUCGCCCGUGUUCAAAUGCCUAGAAAUCAGCCGGUGCAGUGCUCUCAACUCAGUUGUGGUCCGUGAAUCGAAGGUUGUCUGCAUCAAGUACAAUGGUUCGGGUAAACCACAUUGUCGUUUCGAGCUCGUCGAUGUUCCCCUCCUUACUGAGCUCUGGAUUCAGGCGAAUGCUCGUCAACAAUAUGUUUCUGCACUCGCAGACAUUUUAAGCAUGUUUGAUUAUGUGCUUCCACAACUACAUUCACUCAAGAUAUACGCUAUGCCCAAUUUUACCCGCAUGAACACUUUGUCGGAUGAUAAGAUGAUGCCUAAUCUUAAGGAGUUGGUGGUGGUUCUUGGGAGUGGUUACAGGGACACUUGUCCUCUCUUCCAAAUAAUACAUUGGUUCAGUGUAGCACCUUGCUUGCAGAGAUUUGUGAUAGAGGCGUCACACCAAGAGAUGAGCGAAGUAGACAAGGAGGAGUUGGUAUAUGCUCCAAACUGCUAUUCUCAGUAUUGUUGCUUGUGUAGAGGUCGGAGGGAUUAUUCUCCCAUCAAGGAAGUAGUGUUUGUUGGAUAUCGUGGUGUGUGUAAUCAUUUUCAAAUGAUUGAACAAUUGGUGACAUACAGUCUUGCGCUAGAGAAGAUAAUUGUGGAUCCACGGUCUUUCUUGCUUUGCAAGAAUAUACCGUGGGAUUACAUUCCUCGAAACCAAAUGGAGGAUGAAAUAUGUGCCAGGAAUCGAGCAAAUGAACAAUUCAAAUUCUAUGCUACUUCAAGAAUAAAUGUCAACAUUCUUUAGACUAGUGUUCGUGAAUUUCAUAUUUUUUGAGACACUCAAAAUAUAUGAAAACUAUAUCUAGAUUUUGGCACUUGGUAUUAAAUUAUAAACUUUGCAGUUGUUUUUCA